AUGUUUGUAACUGGUCAUUGUCUUGNCCAUCAACAAUCUUUGCUGCUGNAUUUGAGGAACNACCUUGUAUUCAAUCCGACCAAGUCCAAAAAACUGAUUCACUGGAACCAAAGUGAUGAUUGUUGUGAAUGGACUGGAGUGACAUGCAGCAAAGGCCNUGUUAUAGCUCUUGACUUGAGCCAAGAAUCCAUCUCUAGAGGUAUUGAUCAUUUAAGCAGUCUCUUCGAGUUGCAAUAUUUGCAGAGUUUGAAUUUGGCCCACAAUGAUUUUCAUUCUGAGAUUCCUCCAGAGUUCANAAAGCUAAAGAAUUUGAGGCAUUUGAAUUUGUCAAAUGCUGNAUUUGAGGGGCAAAUUCCAAUUGCGAUUUCUUACUUGACCAAGNUAGAAACUCUUGAUUUGUCUACCACAGUUACUUCAAAACAUGGUUUAAAACUUGAGACACCAAAUAUUGCAAUGNUUGUGCAGAACUUCACAGAAAUCAANGAGUUANNUCUGGAUGGCAUUGCAAUAUCAGCCAAAGGAGAGGUGUGGAGCCAUGCUUUAUCUUCACUCACUNGCAUGCAAGUGUUAAGUAUGUCAUCUUGUAAUCUCUCUGGUCCUUUGGAUUCUUCAUUAGUAAAACUGCAAUCUCUCUUAAUUCUUCAGUUGAANCAGAACAAUUUAGCAGGUCCAGUUCCAGAGUCUUUNGGAAGUUUGNUCAAUUUGACCACCUUGCAACUCAGUGAUUGNGGUUUGAAUGGAGUCUUUCCAAAAACUAUCUUCCAAAUACCAUCAUUGCAGGUGCUUGAUGUGUCUGAUAAUCCAGGUCUUCAUGGCUCUCUACCAAACUUUCCAAGUCAAGGCUCUCUCUACAACUUAAACCUUAGCCACACAANUUUUUCUGGGNCUCUGCCNGAAUCUAUUNACAAUUUGAAGCAAUUGUCUAAAUUAGACCUAUCAAAUUGCCAGUUCAGAGGAACACUUCCUUAUUCAAUGUCAAAUCUNACCCAACUUGUUCAUCUAGACUUGUCAUACAAUAACUUNACUGGUCCUAUUCCAUCUUUUAAUAGAUNCAAGGCCCUGAUAGUUUUAUCCCUUAAUCACAAUCAUUUUAUGGGNACAGUUCCAUCUACUCAUUUUAAAGNCCUCACAAAUCUCAUGAGCAUUGAUUUAGGAGAUAACUCNUUUGAUGGANGAGUCCCUUCAUCUNUGUUAAGACUUCAAUCUCUUNAACAUCUCAUGCUUUAUUACAACAAAUUUGAUGGNGUGUUGGAUGAAUUUCCUAAUGCAUCUUUGUCAUCAUUAGAGAUGCUUGAUUUGAGUGGCAACAACUUUGAAGGGCCUAUUCCUAUGUCUGUCUUUCAACUCAAAAGACUUCGUUUGCUUUNUCUUUCNAAAAAUAAGUUCAAUGGCACUCUACAACUUGUUGUGAUUGGGAGGCUGCAGAAUUUAUCUUCACUUGAUCUUGCACACAAUAACUUGUCAGUUGAUGCAAGAAUUGAUGAUGCAUCAUCCUUUCCNAGUUUNNAAACUCUAUGGUUGGGUUCAUGCNANUUGAGAGCAUUCCCNGAAUUUUUGAGAAACAAAUCUUCACUGCUCUACCUAGACUUGUCUAGCAAUCACAUUGAAGGAACAAUACCAAACUGGAUUUGGAAAUUUGACAGUAUGGUUAUCUUGAAUGUUUCUUACAACCUUUUGACAGAUUUUGAAGGGCCUUUCCAAAACCUUACUUCAAAUUUGUUCAAACUUGACCUUCACUCAAACAGUNUCCAAGGGCCUGCUCCUACUUUUCUGAAAAAUGCCNUUUAUUUGGACUACUCAAGCAAUAACUUCAGCUCUAUUAAUUUUGUCGACAUUGCUAGCAACAUUCCUUUCUUGUACUUUCUCUCCCUUUCAAACAACAGUUUUCAUGGAAAAAUUCAUGAAUCCUUUUGUAACAUUUCAGAUCUUCGAGCACUNGAUCUUUCUCAUAACAGAUUCAACGGCCUCAUUCCNAUGUGUUUGAUAGGAAGUAGCAAACUCAGGCUACUAAAUCUUGGUGGAAAUAAACUCAAUGGUUAUAUUUCAGAUACAUUCUCAACUUCAUGUUCUCUAAGGUUUUUGGAUCUUGGUGGGAAUCUUCUAAGGGGAACCAUCCCAAAAUCUCUGGCUAAUUGCCAAAAACUACAAGUUCUNAACCUNGGAAGCAAUCAANUAACUGANAGAUUUCCAUGCUUCUUGAAGAGCAUCUCCUCCCUCAAAGUCAUGAUUUUNAGGUCAAACAAAUUGCAUGGGAGUAUUGGAUGUUCCAAUAACAUUGGCAAUUGGGAGACACUUCAAAUUGUUGAUUUAGCCUCNAACANUUUCAGUGGCACAUUACCAUCAUCACUCUUANUGAGUUGGAAAACUCUGAUGCUUGAUGAAGAUAAGGGUGGACGAUUUGGCCAUCUAUAUUUCAAUCUCUAUGAUGACUUUAAUCCUUUGAAUUUCNUAANUGCNAUUGUAGAUCUCANNAGUGAGCUACAAAUANNGUUAGCAAAAGUCAUAGCAUCAGAGCCAAGCCUUAUAAUAGACCACAUAAUCUCUCAUGUCUUUGAGGAAGGUGUUGGUNUAAGAACAUAUGAGGAUUCAGUUACNAUUGUGAACAAAGGUAGACAGUUAAAUUUAGUUAAAAUCCUCACUGCCUUCACUUCCUUGGAUUUCUCAUCAAACAGUUUUAAAGGGCCAAUACCAGAAGAGCUUAUGAAUCUCACUGCACUGCAUGCUCUUAACCUGUCACAGAACACUUUCUCUGGUAGCAUCCCUUCUUCCUUAGGCAAUCUGAAGCACCUUGAGUCCUUAGACUUGUCAGUAAACUCUUUGAGUGGAGAGAUUCCAACAGAGAUUGCAAAGUUAUCAUUUCUGGCUGUCAUGAAUCUCUCUUACAAUCAUUUGGUGGGCAAAAUACCCACAGGCACACAAAUUCAGACAUUUGAGAGUGAUUCAUUUGUGGGCAAUGAAGGGCUAUGUGGACCUCCACUAACCCAGAACUGUGAUGGUGGANGGAAAAAGUUUUCANCACCAUCANCAGAAACACNUCAUUCUGAUNCAAAGGGUUCAAUUGANNGGAAUAUCUUGAGUGUGGAAUUGGGGUUUACUUUUGGCUUUGGAAUUUACAUAUUCCCACUCAUUUUCUUCAAGAGAUGGAGAAUGUGGUAUUCCAAACACCUGGAAAACAUCCUCUGCAAGAUUGUUCCACAGCUUGAUUUUGUUUAUGUGCAUCGUUUGGGACAAAAUUAUAGAAUCAUGAGGUGGAACCCUCGUUGA